ACCGCUCUUUACGCCAAGAGAUUGGACCAGGGACGACGCGCAGGAGCGAUUCGCACAGCUUUUAACGCCGUCGACGCGCCGCAAAGCGUUGAAUCCCACAGCUGCGCCAAACACGCCAAACACAACAAGCAGACCACUUUUAGCAUUGAAUGCAGCCGCUCGAAGUGAUGGCCCAAGAGUUCCAGGCCUAUAAGAACGGCGGCGGCACACGCAUCUCGAAGACACUGCUGGCCGCGGGCGCAGUAUUAGUGCUCGUGAUCUUCGCCCUGAGCGGCCAGAGCCCCGGCAGCGCAAGCUCCGCGCACACGUUCCAGCCCGGGCCGCCAAUUGCUGCUCUAGCCCCUCCUGGCGAGUGCGCGUUCGGGGAGGACUGGUCACCCGCGCCUUUGGUCGACAGAAAAAAGGUCUCGGACGACGCCGUGCUGCUGCGCUUCGGCCUCGCCGACGGGCGGAGUCUCGGGCUCUCGACGUGUGCCUGUCUGCUGGCGCAAGGGGCGGGCGUCGUCCGGCCCUACACGCCCGUAUCCACGAACGCCCUGAGCGGCGCCUUUGAACUGCUCGUCAAGGUCUACCCCGAGGGCGCCCUCUCGAAGCACCUGGCCACGAUACCCAUUGGGAGUAGUGUGAACUUUAAGCACAUCCCGAAGAACGUGAAGAUCCAGUACCCGUUCCCCGCGACGCGCAUCGGAAUGAUCGCCGGCGGCUCGGGCGUGACGCCCUUCGUGCAGGCGCUCCACGCGAUCCUCGGCACGCCCGAGGACAAGACGGAGGUGACGCUGCUCGCGUCUCAUAGAACGCGGGCCGACGCGCUGGCCGUCGAGGCCUUCGACGCGUGGGCGGCGGCGUCCAAGGGCCGCCUGCGCGCCAUCACGACGCUCACGCGCGAACCGGCGUCGUCCGCGUGGGCCGGGCGGCGCGGCCGCCUCGACGCGCGAACACUCAAAGCCUUCCUGCCGCCGCCCGUCCCGGACGUCCUCAUCUUCGUCUGCGGGCCGCCGGCCAUGUACGAGUCGCUCUGCGGGCCGCGCGACGACCCCGAGCUGACGGGCAUUUUGCGGGACCUCGGGUACUCGAAGGACCAGGUGAUUAAGUUCUGAUGGUCUUCAAAAGAUUAGGUCACUCAUGC